AUUUGGUCUUUAUUUCAAUAUCAUGUCUAUACUUUUUGUUUUCUCUCUUCUUCUUCUCAUAGAAGUUCCCAAGUCGUGCACCGCUGAAGAGAAAGAAGAUAAGUGGAGUUCUUUCAAGUUUGUUCAACAAUGGCCGAAAGGCUUUUGCGAUUUCCAAAUUAUUGGUAGAAAACGAAAAUGUUAUUCAAUACCAGAUAAAUUUGUUAUUCAUGGACUGUGGCCUGACGGCGAUGCUGGUAAAGUUCCUAAAUGCAAAACUAAGACUCCCCUUGAGUGGAAGGAUAUAAGACCGUUGGAACAAGCACUUCAUUCGAAUUGGCCAAAUUUAGUUGGAAAAGAUUUUACCUUUUGGAAAACGCAGUGGACAAAGCAUGGAGGAUGUUCAGAGGCAACGUUCCCAAAACUGGAAUAUUUCAACCUGGCUUUGCAUCUUUAUGACCAAAAUAACCUAUUGAAUAUUCUUGAAAAGGAGCAGAUAGUCCCAGAUGACAAAAAACUUUAUAAUGUUAGUUCCGUUGUUGCUGCAGUUCACAACCACACUAGCCAUGAUCCUGAGCUUUCUUGUUAUCAUGAUCCAAAACUCAAUGUUACUGCUCUCUAUCAAAUUAGGAUUUGUUUGUCAACCAAUGGAACCUCAUUCAUAAACUGUUUCCAAACUGACGAUAGUUGUGGUGACAAGGGUUUAUUAUUUCCAAAAAAGAUUAAAAAGAAAAAGUAAUUUUUUAAUAAUUAAAUUUUGACAACUUUCUCUUAUAA